AUGAAUUCCAUUGUGCUACUGUUUGUGCUUUUGAAAAGCCUCAUCCACUACCCACAGCUCGUGGGUGAUGCUUGGGAUGAGGAAACACGUUUUCGCAUGGAAGUGCGUGCAAAGCAGCUGGAAUGGGAGAGGAUUCAGCAGGAGCUGGAGGCGGAGCAGCUCACCCCAAAGCAGGUGCAGCUCUUGCAGCUCUUAGCUGUUGCUGUGCUCCUGGUUCUUGUCUUCAUCCUAUGGCUGAUGGGGUGCAAAAGGAGCCUGAGGAGAGAAGGCCAUGAAGAAGAGAACAAUGGUGCAAAUGAAGAGGAAGCCGGAAACGGGGAUGCAAAUGAAGACGCAGGUGUUGGAAAUGCAGAAGAAGAUGAUGCCAAUCAGGAGGAAGACGGCAACGAUGAUGGCAAUGUACAGGAAGACGGCCAUGUCGCUGCAAACGGAGAAGAUAAUAUUGAAAAUGACGAUGUCAAUGAGGCUGCAAAUGCAGGAAACAAUGAUCUUGCACUUGUAGUCUAUGAAACUGGCACUGUGUUUGACGAUAACAUUGGCAGAGUUCUCAUGGAACGCAUACAGUGGCCGGUCCAGGAGCUGCAGGCAGGCUGCCAGUGGACACAGAACCUCAUGGACAAUUAUGGGCUGUACUUUGGACACGUCUUAGCAAACAGCUUCUACCCAGGCCUGCAACGAGCCAUCGGGGUGGGCAGCGCCUUUGAAGGUUGGAGUCCACGUGAGCAGGAUGUUGUCUACCAGGUGCUCAUUCCCAUGACUCCUCCCCGAGGCCACAGCUUCCACCUGGAGCUGGACUCUGCAGAGCAGAGGCACGUGAGGAACUUCCGUGUCCGCGUGCAGCUGGAGUGCACCUGCACCAAGGAGCAGCAGGCAGAGGGCAUGCUGUGCUUUCUGCACCACCCCGAGGAGGAGCUCAGGAGCAAUCAGGAUCCCAGCCUCCUCAACACCCUCUGCACCGACUCCUACCUGGAUGUGCAGAAAACCGCCCGCUGGUUCUACCAGCUGGUGAGAGCCAUCUGGCCAGCACUGCCCCAAUCACACAACUGGCAUUUAAAACUGCUGCCCUCCACACGCUCCUGCCAAUUCCAGGUGACCAAUGGCAGAAAAAGCUUCAGGAUUGAGAUGCUGUUUGGGGUGCGCAGAGGUGACUCAGACAUCUUUGUCAGCAGCCAGCCUAGAGAGGCUCACACCCAAAGCACAGCCUGGCCUGAGACUUAUGCUGUGGCAGAGGCCAAGUUCUUCAAGCACAUCGCCAAGCAGGCUCCCCGGGACAGUUUGCACCUCAAAUGCCUGCAGUUCUUCACUCGUCUCCUCCUGGGCUUCACCUUUUCCACCUAUACUGUGAAGACCAUUGUCAUGCACAUGCUCAAUGUGGGGCCCGUGUCACAGUGGCGCAGGAGACAUUUCCUGAACCGACUGCUGGAUAUCAGCAGGUGCCUGCGCGUAUCUGUGCUGGUAAAACGCCUCAACCAUUUCAUUGUGGGCAACCAGAGGCUGCCUCAUUACAUCCAUUUGCCCCCAGACAUUCAAGCUGCUCCGCCAUACAAUCUCUUCCAUCAGCUGGCAGAGGAACCGGCCGCCCACACUCAGGCCACAUAUGACUGCCAGAUUCUGCUAAAGGGGCUCAAAAGAAUCCUUCUUGGUGAGCAGUGA